AUGCGGCGGUUCGUGGCGCCGCUGUCGCAGCUGCACGCACAGUCGGUUCCGCGCCGUCACUUUAACGUCAUUCAGCGCGGCAACGACCAGGAGGCGGAGUCGCUCUUCGCACUGCUUGGAUUUGGGACGGAAAGUGAGGCGCACCGCGUCCGCCGGACGCGCGAGGAGCUUCGCCAAGGCUACCUGCGCGAGGCAAUGAAGCUGAAAGACCCGCAGCAUGACGGGAGGGAGGCGAUGAAGCUCGCUGAGCUGCAGCGGGCGUACGCGCUGCUCGCCGAUGAUCAGUUUCGUGCACGCUACGCGGCCCACCACUGCGUCUCACCCGACGCGCUCCUUCACGUUCACGUCGAUGGUGGACAGACGGCGGCCAACUUCAACCCUGAGCAUCAGUCCUUUGACUUUGUGGAUCACACGUUCUCGUCGCCCGCGUCGUCGUUGUCCUCGUCUUCGGUGCAACGGUCCUUUGGGGAUUUUAGUGGCCCGUUUCAGUCCGCGACAGGCGUGUCCAGCACCCCAGCGGACGCAAAGGCGUACAGCCCCCGUGACUCACGCACUGCAGAGAACGGGCAAUGUAUUAACUUUAUGCUCCGUAUCUCCUUCGAUGAGAGCAUCCUUGGCUGCACAAAGACGGCUGUGUAUGAGAAGCGUGUCACAUGUUCUCGCUGCGGCGGUGAUGGACGGCAAACUCUGAAGAAGCAGCGCAAGUGUCCACAGUGCCGCGGUCGUGGCUCGACGCAUCUGCCAAGUGCCACGUACCACAUUGAGCGUGCGUGCAGGUACUGUGGCGGAGAAGGUGUGGCCCCGCCACCGAAGUGUGGCACCUGCGGCGGUGCUGGUGUUCUGCAGGGCCAUACCGUAAGUGUUCCCAUAGACGUGCGUCCGGGCACCACCACAAUGACGCUGCGGCGGCUUCGUGGAAAAGGCCACGAUGGGGUGCGUGGUGGUAGUGCGGGGGAUCUCAUAGUGACUGUUUUGGUGCAGGACCACCGUCUCUUUCACCGCGACGGACUCGACUUUCACAUGGUGCUGCCUAUUCCGCUUUCGAUAGCCCUCCUCGGCGGCGUCGUGUCGGUGCCAACCCUGCGUGGCGCGCACCCGCUACGCGUCCCUCCCUGCGCACGAAACGGGGAGCGGCUGACCCUGGAAGGCCAUGGCGCUUCUCUGGAGGGAGUCAGCAACGCCCUCGCCAGCGCUGAGGUGGCGGCAGAGGGCGUAUCGGCGCAGUCACAGCAGCAGCAGCAGCAGCGUCGACGUGGCCAUCUUUACGUCCACCUGCUUGUGGUUAUCCCGAAGCGAGAGGAGUUGACAGGGGCGCAGAGAUGCGCCCUAGAGAAAUUCACUGCCGAACAAGAAAAGGAAGGCGGGGCCAAAGGCCUUUCCGAGGAGGAAGAAGAGACAGCGGCAUCACUGAAGCAGCGCUUCCGACACUGGCUGACGAAGGCAUAG